GGUCAAUCCAUCGCUUUCCUCGGACCGAAGCCCGCCACCUCCAGCGCAUCAUGAAUGUCGUCACCAUGACCGCCAUCCGUCCUCACCGCACUGCCGUCGCUCAGGCGGCGCUUCUUGCCAACGCCACCAUCACCGUCAGCAUCACCAUCGGCCAUACGUGCGUCUGCCGGGCCAGCGUGGCCCUCCUGCUGCUCCUCCUGUUUGCGCAUCCUCUUGCGCUUCCUGCGGUCCUUGCGCAUCAGCUCCUGCUCCAUGUUCUGCUCGUGCCAUACGUAGGCAAUGUCGUCAGAUGAUAUCCUGAGGCAAUCGAUGUAUGUUCAGGGAAUGGAGAGCACAGGGGUGUGUGUCUGUGUCUGUGUCUGUGGCGAGAUGGGCGUUGGGUGGUGUGACUGACUGACCUUUUGCGCAGCUCGGCGAUGAAGGUGCCUCCGGGUGUCCUCUUUCGCUUGCCGUCCGCCGUCUGCGUGCCCCCGGCCGCCUCGAUGCGCUGAGCCAUCACCACAACCAAGCAAGCGAAAGAGAGCAUACGACACGUACCCUAAUGUGUGUGGCACCUGCACACCCCUCCCACCUACUACCUGCGUCUCUUGAAGCACCUCGAGGCACAGCUGGACGCCCAGGCGGCUCACCAUCCGCUCAAACAGGGGGAUGUUGGCCUCCCUCAGCUCGUGCACCAGUUGUACGAGGGUCUCGAUGUCGGUCUUGUCGCUCAGCAGCCGGAGCGACGACGUCACGCGGGACUCAACCACCUCGUAUGACAAAUCUUGAGGCUGUCGGUCUCGAGCGUCAUGGUCUCUUCGGCUGGAUGGAUGCCGCCUUGGUGGCGGUGCGGGUCUGUUGCCGCCUCCCCUGCGCGUCUUGUCCUGCCGCUGGCCCCGGCUCGGCGGGUGGCGGCUCUGCAUGGCGGCAGCGCCAUCAUUGGCCGCCUGCGGGGUGCCGUCCUGCCGAUUUGCUGUGCUGUGACGCUGAUCUGGCUGCAGCCCGCUUCUUUGCUCCUUCCCUUCGCUUGGAGGGUCGGCAAUGUCCUUAUAGGACACCGGCUCCUGCAUCAUGAUCUAGCAG